AUGAUUGAAGAGAUGCAGUCUAUUAAGCUUCUACAGCCCGGUCCUAUUGGUGGAGGGCCAUACCGGGGUUGGUUCUUUACAGAUUAUAGUGCCGGACCUUUUGAAGACACAGCUGAGAUAGAAGCAUGGUUUAACCAUAAGCUUGAUAUGUGCAACAAAGUCCGUCAAGCUCCAGAAGACACGCCGCCAUUCCAUCUUACCAAGUUCGUUGUCACGCACCAGGACAUCAGUCCUCGAAACCUGGUCUUAGAUCAGUAUGUACGAGUGUGGUUGAUUGACUGGGCAUAUUCUGGUGCAUAUCCUCCUGCUUUCGAAAGCGCGGCGUUAUCAAUUCAGCCGUCUUUCACUGAUUUCAAUGAAAUGGUGUCAUCCCUCAUUCCACGUUAUCCCGAGGAGGAAGUGCAACUUGACUCUAUUGCAUAUGGACUAACCACUGCCGCAUUGGCCUAA